CUUCAGUGUGUCUGCUCUCUGUCUGUGUACGCCGCUCCGCAACAAACCUGCUGCUGCUGCUUCUCUUUUUAACCGACCUUUAAUCGGUUAACGUGUCUUUUAUUCGUGUGUCCACGUGAAGGGAGGAAAUCAAAAUGCUUUCUGCUCGCUCUCCUCUUUCCGUCAAGGAUGAAAACGGCGUCAUCAGUCAGGUCAACAACAUGUCGCUAGACAAAGAAAACACGCCUCCGAGUCUGAACACGACCCGGAUCUUGGCGUCUAAAACCGCGCGGAAAAUCUUCGACGAUGCUGCGCCCAAAGCAGUGAAGAAGAGCAGCAGCAGGGAGAAAGAGGAGGAGCCUCUGCUGAAGGAAAACCCUCGUCGCUUCGUCAUCUUCCCCAUCCAGUACCACGACAUCUGGCAGAUGUACAAGAAGGCCGAGGCGUCUUUCUGGACCGCUGAGGAGGUGGAUCUGUCGAAGGACCUGCUGCACUGGGAGUCUCUGAAGGACGAGGAGAGGUACUUCAUCUCUCACGUGUUGGCUUUCUUUGCCGCCAGCGACGGCAUCGUCAACGAGAAUCUGGUGGAGCGCUUCACACAGGAAGUGCAGGUGACGGAGGCCAGGUGUUUCUAUGGUUUCCAGAUCGCCAUGGAGAACAUCCACUCAGAGAUGUACAGCCUCCUCAUCAACACCUACAUCAAGGAGCCCAAAGAGAGAGAAUACCUGUUCAACGCCAUCGAGACUCUGCCGUGUGUAAAGAAGAAGGCCGACUGGGCGAUCAACUGGAUCGGCAACAAGAGCGCCAACUACGGUGAGCGUGUGGUGGCCUUCGCCGCCGUGGAGGGAAUCUUCUUCUCUGGUUCCUUCGCUGCGAUCUUCUGGCUGAAGAAGAGAGGCCUGAUGCCCGGCCUGACCUUCUCCAACGAGCUCAUCAGCAGAGACGAGGGUCUGCACUGUGACUUCGCCUGUCUGAUGUUCAAACACCUGGUGAACAAACCGUCAGCAGAAACCGUCACCAAGAUCAUCAAGAACGCCGUGGAGAUCGAGCAGGAGUUCCUGACGGACGCUCUGCCGGUGAAGCUGAUCGGGAUGAACUGUGACCUGAUGAAGCAGUACAUCGAGUUUGUAGCCGACAGACUGAUGCUGGAGCUCGGCUUCACAAAGAUCUACCGGGCGGAGAACCCCUUCGACUUCAUGGAGAACAUCUCUCUGGAGGGAAAGACCAACUUCUUUGAGAAGCGUGUGGGCGAGUACCAGAGGAUGGGCGUGAUGUCCGGCACCACAGACAACACCUUCAGGCUGGACGCCGACUUCUGAGGACAGAGGUGGAGACACUCAGUCACACUUCACAUUGCAGGAGGAUGACGGGUUUAACAUCAACAACAUAAAAAAACAACAACUCUGUGACAGACUGGCACCAGUGCAUGCUGGGAGUGGCAUCACAUUGACACUUGUACAGAACCGUUAUAUGAUGAAAUGGGAGUUUUACAGACUGAAGCCUGUAUUUGUAAAUAUCUUUUUUUUUUUUAUCUGCAUUUUGUGAUAAAAUGUAAAGAUUUAUAUUUAAAUGAGUGUUUUAAGAUCAGAGUGAUUUGUUGUACUUUAUUAAAUAUGUACAGUUAAGUUUUUCCUUUUUAGUGGUAACUUUAGGUUUUGUAAUAAAAGUUUGUACAAACCU